AUUUUAUUUCAUCGUAAAAACAAAUAACUCCUGAAUCAUUUCCGUUUGAAAAAAUUCAAAGCCCUAAAUCUACAGCGUGCGUACACCAUUUACAUUUACACCCACCCACAGCCACGCCCGCUCUGCUUUUUCUCGUCGCGGCAGCAAGUCGCUCGUCCGCGUCCGCGACGACAUCACUGUAAAUCUGGUAUCUUCCGCAUGCGGCAUCGUCUAGGAAUUCGAAAACUCUGACGCUCAGGGAACCUUCUUUCGCGUCGGUACCGCAGGAUUAAUUAAAGCCUCUAUCUAGGCCCACUUUUUCCCCAUAAGCAAGUCAUGCUUAAGCAAUGCGAGCAUUUAUACAUUGAAGGGCUAGGAAAUGUGCAAAUUGAUAGCGAAGUCUCAUGAGUAAUCAUCACACCAGCAGAUGGCUGCAAACUACCUCACAUAAGUUGUGCCUUCAAUUCUUAGUGGGAGAUAUCUGAUAGCAAGCAACUUCCUAUCAUGCUUCUUGGUGUGAAAGCCAUUGUAGAAACCCACUACAAUAUUUUAUCUGUUAAGGAAGAUGCAAGCUAUGAAGAAAUUCGUACAAGCUACCGUUCUGCCAUCCUUAAUUCCCAUCCAGAUAAGUUGCAGAAGACGUCGGAGACAUCUGAUCCCGACCAGGAGUCGACGGAAAGAUUUUUGAAGGUACAGAGAGCUUGGGAAGUCCUCAGCAAUUUGAGGUCACGGGCAGUUUAUGAUGGUGAGUUGCGAGAUUUGAGACAGGAUGCUGUAGCUGCAGAUGAUGUCAGCUUGGAGGAUAUGAUGGUUGGAGAUUCCGGAGAUGCAUUGGAGCUCUUUUAUCAGUGUCGAUGUGGUGAUUACUUCUCUGUUGAUUCUCUGGAGUUGGGAAAAAUGGGAUAUGUAUUGUUGAGAGAGGGGAAUAAGAUUUCUUUGCAGACCCCAGAUGCUUCACCGGCAUCGGUGGUUCUUCCAUGCGGGUCUUGUUCAUUGAAAGUUCGGCUAUUGAUUAACUCGGAUAUUUUCAUUUCAAUCGACGAUAGUUUGGCUUGAUUGUGCCGUUGUCGUGAAAAGGCUUAGAUUUGACCAUAGCUCCUCAUCCUAGUGCUUGAAUUCCAUGUCAUAAUAUCUUUCUUGCCUAAUGUCUUCCAGGCAGUCAGUUGGAGCUGUGGAGGAAGACGCUAUAAAACUGCAGCUGUGAACUGUGAAGAAAACAAUGAAAACAGAGAUGAACAAAA